AUGAUCACUUACGAGGAAAGUAUUAGUGCCAAAAACCCCAUUCCUACCCAAGCUAGGAAUGAACAAGAUGAUUUGAAAGAAUGGACGAAUAACAAUAACGACCUUAACGACCUUGACGACAAUUACAACGACUCUAACGAUAACGACCAAGACGAUAACACUAAUAACAAUCAAGAAAGACCCAGACCAUAUAGACGUAAUUCCAUCAGUUCAAUCACUUCAAGACCAGGUCUAAGUUCACGUUCAUCAUCAUACAGCUCUUCUUCAGAAGAUUCAUUGCCGCCCACACCGUUGACGCUUCGAUUCACCAUCAAAUUGCCUUCAGAAAACUUUUGCUCAGAAAAGAUAAAACAACUUGGUAUUGAAACUCCAACACAAAAACGUAUUAUCAAACCUAAACCUGUUCAGCUUCAAGAAACCCCUAAACCCCAAACAGUCUGCACACCUGUACUCGAAACCCCCAAAAGCCAGACAAGAACCCUUGAGAAAUAUAUACAGCCGACACAGCUUCGCACUCCACCAAAUUCAAUAUUGGUCAAGCAAGUUAGACAACCUCUGAUUGAAAUUCAGCCUACCAUAUUAAGACCGACGACAUUCUGGAGACAUCAUCCGUUAUCUCCCCAUUCGUUACCUCAUCACUCACCAGCUUCAAGGUUAAUCCGACGAUCAACGUUGAUUGCAAGUCCUACAAUAGGUUCACAACAUCCUGAUCCAGAUCAAGAGACCACAAGAAUUCGAGUUGGAUUAGCUGGAUUAGAUUUAGAUAUCGAUCCCACAUCAACGAGAUUAAGUCUUGUUCCGAUAUAA